AUAACGCUAUUCACGAGGUGGAAAAAAGAGCUCUACCUGAGUUCUUCAACGGUAGAAAUAAAUCGAAAACUCCCGAAAUAUAUCUAGCUUAUAGGAAUUUUAUGGUUGACACCUACAGACUAAACCCAACGGAGUAUAUCACUAGUACGGCGUGUCGUCGAAAUCUAGCAGGCGACGUCUGUGCGAUAAUGCGAGUCCACGCGUUUUUAGAACAAUGGGGCUUGAUUAACUAUCAAGUUGACACAGAUUCCAGACCUACCCCCAUGGGUCCACCACCGACUUCCCAUUUUCAUAUUUUAUCGGACACCCCGUCGGGUCUGCAACCUGUAAACCCACCCAAAACCCAACAACCCAGCGCCGCUAAAACCCUCCUAGACCUGGAUAGGUCCCAGGAGCUCAAAAAAAUCGAAGGUCCUGAUCAAAUGACCAAUUUCGGAUUAAAGUUGGACCAGUACAUCAAAAAACCCGCCGCUUUGAGAAACAAAAGCGCCGCCUCUUUAACCCGAGACUGGACGGAACAAGAAACUCUUUUGUUAUUGGAAGGUCUCGAGAUGUACAAAGACGAUUGGAACAAAGUUUGUGAGCACGUGGGUUCCCGAACCCAGGACGAGUGUAUUUUGCACUUUUUGCGUUUACCGAUCGAAGAUCCAUACCUGGAGGACCCCGAAGCCGAUGGUGCACUAGGUCCACUAGCCUAUCAACCGAUUCCUUUCAGUAAAGCCGGGAACCCUAUUAUGUCCACAGUAGCCUUUUUAGCUUCCAUAGUGGAUCCUAGAGUGGCCGCCGCCGCCGCCAAAUCCGCAAUGAACGAAUUCGCCAGCAUAAAAGACGAAGUCCCCGCCGCCGUCAUGGACGCCCACUUGAAAAACGUGGAAGCCUCCUCCGCCGAGGGAAAGUACGACCCUGCAGCCAACCUAGCCCUCACCGGAAUCGCAGGUACCGCCCCCGAGAAAGAAGAAGACGACAAAAUCAAAAAAGAACCCGAGACGAAAGAAGAAGAAAAACCCGACGAGAAAAAAACGGAAGAAAAGGAGGAAAAAGAGGACAAAACGAUAAAGACAGAGGCGGCCGCCGAGCCCGUCAAGAGCGAAAAACCCGAGCAACCCGAACCCAAGUCCGAGCGCACGGUGAAAGACAGCGAGAUGCAGAGCGCCGCGGCCGCCGCGCUGGCGGCGGCCGCCGUCAAAGCCAAGCACCUGGCGGCGGUCGAAGAGCGCAAGAUUAAGUCACUGGUGGCCUUGUUAGUGGAAACACAGAUGAAGAAGCUCGAAAUCAAGCUGCGGCACUUCGAGGAGCUGGAGACGACGAUGGAGCGCGAAAGGGAGGGGCUGGAGUACCAGCGGCAGCAGCUGAUCACGGACCGGCAGCAGUUCCACCUGGAGCAGCUGAAGGCGGCGGAGUUCAGGGCGAGGCAGCAGGCGCACCAGAGGCUGCAGGCCGACCAGGGCCAGUGGGCCUUGCAGCAGCCGCAGAUGACGCAUACGGCGCCGCCCAACGAGGGGGCGGCCACCAACACGCCCACGCCUCCCAGCCCGCAAGCCGCCGCCGUCGCGUCCCCCGGGGCGCCGCAUCAUCACAUUUAAGCUGCAAGUUUGGUUCGUAGGCGUAGGAGUUUUUUAUUACGAUUCGCAUUCUUUUGUCUUUUUAAGUAUACAUGAUAUGAUUUG